UAGACAAUGGUGUUGGUUUGCUAAGUAGCGCCUGUUUUAUGUUCGUUCGUCGCAUUUAUCAGUGUUUAACAACUAAAAUACUAAUAUUUGGAUGUUUUCAUGAGAUUUUGAGUGAAAUAGUUAAAAAAAACGGCAUAAUUUGUUGUUACUAUGAAGUAUAAUUUUACACUAGACUUGACCAUUGGGCGCGAACGACAGGUGUUAUAACUGGACUUGUCCUGAGGCAUCCUAGUAGUUAAAUUUGUACCGAAUUCACGUGAACGAUGGCUGCAGUAACGCCCCGGCGAUCUUCUCGCCUUCCUCACACGCAUACACCAAAAAUGUCUGAAAGGAAGAAGGGGUUAUUUGUAACCGAAGCCGAAGCAUCCAAAGAGUCUCUGACGAAACACAGAAGACUUUCAGUCGUAGACAGUGAGAGUGAUAGUGACGAUUGUGAUUUAGGCAUUAUAAGUACCCUUGACUCUAGUUCUUGUGAUGAAAAUGAUCCUAACACUCCAAAGACGCCUGAGAGAACUAUAUGGCAUGAAACGAGAAGCCAUUCAAGAAAGCUCAAAGAAACAACAGAUCUGAAGAAUUUCAUGAAAUCUCCAUUCACAUUAAAAAAGUAUCAAACCAGAUAUUCCUGUCCAGAGACAAGAUGUUCUUCAUCGACACCAGCCACCCCACACUUCCAGAACCACCCUGGAACUCCAUCAUCUACUCACUCAUGCACCAGUGUCCACACCACCUCAUCUACUUCUAGCCGUGCUCGAAAAAGUCUAGCAAGCCUCAUAGCGGACACAGAGAGCUGCAGUAGCUCUUUGAAAGACCUUAACUUUGACACAGACUCAGGAAGUGAUUCAAAAGAGAACACUCCAACAAAAUCAACAAGACGUUCCAAAAGGUUCCAGAAAAUGACACCGAAGUUGCAGAGCUUCAAAGGCAUACUGAUGGAACAGAAGAAAAAUGUCUCCCCAAUGAAAACAGCUUAUGUUUGUUUAACGAAAAUGGACAUGAGCAACAUGAUGUCACCAACUCAAAUGCAAAAAACGCCCCAUAACACAACUGAAGCUAAAGCAUCUCCUCCAAAAAUAUCUCAUAACCGCAGAUCUGCUAUAGAAAUCUUGGAGAGUCCCGAAUCUAACUGUGACAGUGAGAAGAGUCACAAAAGGUUGCACUAUGAUGAUAAACUUGAUUCUGGACCAGUGACCAAAUACCCAAGACUUGACCCGAGUACAGCACCUAAGGCUCGCUUGUCUCUCUUCAACAGUGAAAGGCUGAAAGAGAUCCUAUCAACUAAAUCCUUCUAUGGAAAAUCCAACCCAGACAUGAACUCCAGCAUUACAGCUAAAAUUUCAAACGCCAUACAAGCAACAGCCACUCACAAACACAGACCAUUCCACUCUCACUCAAAUAAGCGUAAAAGAAAGCCAGGUCAAAUCAACAUGGGAGUGAGACACAGGAUUAAAAAACCUAAAGCCCUUAAAAAAUCAAGUCCCAAAGGUUUUUUGAACACCUCAGUAAUGGAGAAGUCAAUUGCGUCAAAUAAAUCUUUGCUAAACUCAACUAUGUCAUCAAGAAAGGAUGAUUCUAUGUUAAGUCAGAAUACAUCUCAAGAAAUGGAGCAUGACAAAACAGAUCCAUUCGACAAAGAAAAGCAAACAAUAGAAGCUCUCCUCAGCCAAUGGACUGAAGAGGAAGUUCCAGAAUCGGAACUCAUCCAACCCAAAGAACUGCCAUGUUUCAACAGCACUGUUAUUGAAGAAACUAACUCCAUAUUCCAACCGAUUAUUGCCGUACCCGUAGCCAGUUCUUUGCCCCAAGACGACGCUGUUAUAGUCGAGAUAGGGGCACAAAAUGCUCCGGGAACUGGGGAGACUUUGCCCCAAGAAAAGGGGUCAGAAAUAGAUGUAAUAAUGGAUGGGGAGAGUCAUGCAGCAAGUCAUGGGGAUCCGCCGAGUGGACAGUUUCUACCAGUUGAAGGCGGUUAUAUUGUUGUUGAUGGAACUGUUGUUUAUGGUCAACAAGAAAUACCAGAUUUGGACGAAAUAGACCGCGAACUGAAAAUGUUAGACGAGCAGAUAUUGAAGAUGGCGCAAUCCAACAAUAUUGACGCUCAGGCCGUGUUGGCUUCCACCGAAACUAUACCUGAUCCUGGUGCUUCGCCGGUGGUAGAAAAUGCUGAGAAAGCGCCCAAACUGUUUCCUAUAUUCAGCAAACCGAAUCCAGGAUUGACGCCUACAUCGAAAGAUUCAACGGAAAAAACGAAGAAGAAGUCUUUACUGAAAAACGGCAGCGAUCAGUAUGUGAUCGACGCGGGACAGAAGAAGUUCGGCGCCACACAGUGCAAUGAAUGCGGAGUUAUUUAUCAGAUUGGUGACCCACAAGACGAACACGACCAUCUUAUACACCAUAAUGCAACUGAUGUUCUCAAAUUUAACGGCUGGAAAGAUGAAUACAUAGUGGAGAAGACUCCAACCGGUCGUAUUAUACGCGUGCGAGGCGGGGACACUGGUUGGAAACGGGUUGAGAGCGUGCUGUCUCGUGUUGUGCAUCCGCAAUUGGGCUACACUACGCUGACUGGCGAUGUUCAUGCUUAUACUGCAUACCUCUACAUAGAGAAGAAGCAGAUAGUGGGCUGUUUGAUAGUGGAGCCAAAGUCCAAAGCCUAUAAGCUGCUACCGGGCGAUCCGGACUGCUGCAGUGUUGAGGAGUAUCCAGUCAAAUGUGGCAUAUCACGAAUAUGGACGCAUCCAAAGUUCCGAAGACGAGGCAUUGCUGUCCGAAUGCUGGAGUGUGCCCGAGCCUCAUUCCUCUACGGCCUGGCCCUCACUCGGCAGGAGCUGGCAUUCUCCGCCCCAACUCCUGCGGGGAAAGCCCUCGCUUCAUUGUACUGUGGAACUGAAAACUUCUAUGUGUAUUUGAGCUAGUGUUUUAAGUGAAGUGAAGUGCAACUAUGUGUAUAAGUAUCAAGUGACCAAUAUGAUGGUGCUUAUGUAUUGUUUAGUUCAGAAAUUUGGAUUACGUUAGAUAUGAUUAUAUCGAAAUUUCGAAUAUUCUAGGUUUUAGUUUUUGAUAUUGUGUUUUAAGUUCUUGAAUGACUUUUAUAAUUUCUUUUUGUGUUUAAAUUUGAGAAAACUGAAUUUUUUAGCUGCUUUUUAAACCUUGACAAUAAAGUAUAAUGUCUAAAAUGCUCAAAUGUAAUGCUUUAUAAAAAAAAGUCCUAGACUAAAAGUUUGUAGGUUAACUUAAAUAAUAACAUUCCCUAGAAAUGAUAUGAGUUUUAUAUGUUUAAUUAGUGUUUCUUAGCAACUUUAACAUUGCUAUGAUAUUCUUUUAGCGUUUCAUACUUAAAUUAGGUACAAGCUAGAUUAUUAAGGCAUGAGAUUUUUUAGUUUGUAAGUAUGUUUUGGCCUGUAUAUUGCCUUUUAUUGAGUCUUAACAUAAGAGAAAUGCUGUAAACAUAAAAAUUUCUUAGUUUGAUUUUAUUGCAUGGUUUUUUAUAUGGCAGAUAAUAUUUUUCUACCUUUUUAUGAAUUUUACUUUUCGAUUUUUAAUUUUAUACAUA